AUGGGAGACCCCUACGGUUCCUCGAUGGUCCGCUUCGAUGUGCGCGGCAAGGACUUCAACGUGGCGCUGGACACGAUCGACAAGUACCCCGACUCGUACCUUGCGUGGCUGGUGAAGAACGCGCCGGACCAGGUGCGGUCGGGGCGGCCGAUCGCGAUCAACCGCAAGCCGGAGUCGUUCAAGAACCUGCUGGAGAACUACAGGAGGACAGGCCGCCGUGGAGGUGACGUUUCAUCCAUCCGUGGCGCAUUUGAGAGGGCGUCCCUUAGAUCCACCAACGAGCGGUCCAGCACUCCCAUGUAUGACGAUGACCCCCCCAUGUCCUUCACCUCGACCCGGGGCAUGCAGCAGCCUCCGCCACCCCCUAGACCGCCCUCCUCCUACUGGGGCGGACCUGAGGAGAGCUUCAGCUCUGCACCGCCCACAAGCCAGCAUAACCCUCCGCCACCGCCACCCCCUGACGGGGCGUCAUCGUCAGCAUUUGGGGGCGCUUCUGUAAGGCCAAGGAAGGGUGGCUCCACAGGCACACUUACGGUGGCUGCGCAGCGGGGCACGGACGAGGUGGUGGAUGAGGCAGUGCAUGAGAUCGUGUCGACGCUGAAGAAGUGUGCCCACAAGGUGCAGAUGUAUGACAAGGCGUUGUUUGUGCUGAUAUGGGGACGCAAGAGUGAGGGUGGCCGCUCACUCCGUCCCCAGCUGUCAAAGCUGUAUGACAGCAUGACAGGCAAGGCACAUGACGUGCGGCGCAGCUCAGAGGGCAAUGGUUCAUUUGAGCGCCAGGGUGGCUGGGGCGAGUUUGACUCUGUGUACUCAGCCACGUGCCUGAGUGCACGUGUGCAGUCGAUGGUGGUGGAAAGGCUGAGGAAGGCUGGGUAUGGUUGCAGCUUUGCGGAAGUGAACUUGGACCGGGCGGGUAAGGUGAACUGGCGGGGCAGCCGACGGGGGGGUCAGCCAGCCCUGGACAGCUCCACUGUGAGAUGUCUAGUGGCCAACCUGAGGUGA